AUGCCUCACCCUUCGCAGCUCAUCUUUCCCCCGCCCCCUGGCACCGAUCCUGCCCUCCUCUACUUUGGCGGAUACCCCGAGAUCACCUACCGCAGCCAGCUCGAGCCCUUUGACUUCACCUCCGACUCGGACGACGAGCUCGAGCCCCUCCUCGGCAACAGCGUCAUCAUGGCGUACGGCGAUCAGCAGGGCGCCGCCGCCGGUGGUGCCACUGCCGGCCAGGGCACCGUUCAGAACCGCAUGUGUCCCAAUAUGCGCACUUGCUGGGCCUUUUCCUGGGAGGCGUACAACCUCAAGACCUCCGACAAGGCUGUGCUCCUUCGCCGCAUCUGCAUGAUUAUCAUUCUGGGUAUCCGCACUGCCAUCUCCAUCUUUGGCGUCGUCAACGAUAUCAUCCACACGCAGAUCGUCAGCCUGAUCAUCGACAUCAUCCUCGGAGUUCUUAGCUUCUUCUUCAUUGCCUGGGCGCUUGCCGUCAUCGGCCAGGCUGAGGGUCGUCGCAAGGUUUUGGGCGUCAUGAUUGGUCGCUGGCACCUCGACAUCUUCCUGCUCGUCACGGCCUUUCUCCACGCUGGCAUCCUCGUCGGUGCCAUCCUUGGCUUUGGCAGCGCCGGCCGUCACGCCACCUGGCUCAUAAUGUGGCUGCUCAUCUUCCUCGUCGCCUGGGUCGCUACCUGGCCCGCUGAGGCUGAGAGCUACGUCUAG